UACACCAUGAUGUAGUCGGACAUUCCUUUAAGAACAUAUAUUGUAUAUCUUAGUGACAUAGAAUUUAAUAGCUUAAUAAGAAAUGGCUAGUACAGAAAAUAUGGAAAAUAAUUCCAACAAGAAUGAAAAUACCACAGAGAUAGAGAAGCAGCUCAAAGAGAGAGCUGAAAGAAAUCGUCAAAGAGCACUCUUGUUAAAAAAAUCUAAGGUAGUAACUCAUCCAUAUUCAAGAGAAAAUAAUGGUUCUACAAAAGGAAGAGUGCUAAAGGUUCAAGGGCAACGUGUUAUUGAUAACGGUGGAGGCUUCCUAAUAGAAGAAAAUGAUGAAUUAGAGCAACAAAUGUUGAAGAUUAGGACUGAACCAGUAUAUGUACCAGAUAUCGGUAAACUUAAUGAGUGUGAGGAAUGUCGACAGAAAUUUGCAGACUCAUAUCUUUUACAAACGUUCGAUCUGACCGUUUGUGAUAAAUGCAGAGAUAAAGAAGGAAAACACUCCUUAAUUACUAAAACUGAAGCUAAACAAGAAUACCUUUUGAAGGAUUGCGAUUUUGAUCGACGGGAACCCGUGCUUAAGUAUAUUGUACGAAAAAAUCCUCACAAUGUGAAUUGGGGCGAGAUGAAGUUAUAUCUACAUCUUCAGAUAGAACAAAGGGCUUUGGAAGUUUGGGAUUCGGAAGAAAAUUUGUUGAAGGAAAAAGAAGCGCGCGAAUUAAAACGAGAGGGAGCUAAAAUCAAGAAAUUCAAUAAAAAGAUCAAACAGCUACGAAUGCAAGUGAGAAGUUCAUUGUACGAUAAAACGACUAAAGCGUCGCAUGUUCAUGAAUUUGGAGAAGACACAUAUAAUGAGGAGGAUGAUACAUACAAACACACUUGCACAACAUGCGGUUAUGAAGAAACUUACGAAAAAAUGUGAAAAAACGCUCAAUUAUUAUUCACGACAACAUGAAUCAUUGUGUAUUUAAUAUUAUUUCACAUGAGAAAGAGUACACGGAUUUCUCUGGUAUACAAUA